AUGAAGUUCUCUGCUGCCGCACUUACAUUCUGCUUGGCGACAGCUGCCGCUUUCACUGGCACCACGGUGAAUUCCAGAAACAUGGUGGCUAACUCUCCUUCUCAACAUACGCCAUUGACCAUGGCUGCCACAAUUGAUGCCGAAACCGCCACCACCACCGACGCCGAAUCUACAGUGAUGAGACCUCCAAUUAACUUGCCAUGGGACAGCAUCAGUUCUCAAUUGCAAGAAAGUUUUGGAUACUCUGCAGAAGAAAUUGCCGCUUACGAUAGUACCUUGGAAUCCGACAAGGAUGCUCUGAUGAAGUUGUACAAGGCAAUGCAAUUGGCCCGUGGUUUUGAAAACGCUUGCAACCAACAAUACAUGCAAGGAAAGAUCCGUGGUUUCAUGCAUCUUGACAACGGUCAAGAGUCCAUCCCUGGUCUUGUCGACUAUGCCAUCAAAAAGGAAGACAAGAAGCUCUCUUACUACCGCGAGCACACACACGCAAUUGCCUCUGGAGUUGAUGCUGGAGAGGUCAUGGCGGAAUUGUUCAUGAAAGAUACCGGUACCUGCCGUGGAGCUGGUGGAUCCAUGCACAUUUUCGACAGAGAGCACUACUUUCAAGGAGGUUGGGCUUUGGUUUGCGAGCAGUUGCCUUAUGCUGCAGGUGCUGCGAAGAGUAUCCUGCUAGACCGUGAAUUGGGAGUUUCUGAUGAUGCGAGUUACAAGAAGCAAGACGUUGCUCCUCCAGCGGAGGACGACCGUAUCGCCAUCGUAUUCGUCGGUGAAGGUGGAGCACAAAACGGAAGAACUGCUGAACUUUUGAACGCUGCAUCAAAGGACAAUCUUCCACUUCUCCUUCUGGUCAUUGACAACGGACGUGCCAUCAACACUUUCACCCCAGAUAUUGCAAGAAACAGCAACGUUUAUGAACAAGGAAAGCACUACGGCGUUCCAGGACUUCUUGUCAACGGUAUGGAUCCUGCUGAUGUCGCCAAGGGUGGAAAAGCUGUAAUCGACUACAUCCGUAGCGGAAAGGGUCCAGCCAUUCUUCAAGUCCACACCUACCGAUUCAACGGUCACUCCCCUGCUGACCCUGAGCACGAGCGCGGUCGCAAGGAAGAAAAGGCUUGGGCCCGCCAAGAGCAAGACCCAAUCAAGGGAUUCGAAAACAAGUACAUUACCAAGGGAGUCUUUACAGAGGACGAACUCAAGGCUGCCCGCAAGGAGGUUCUUGCUGAUGUCAAGAAGGCUGUUGAAUUCGCCGACAAGUCUCCAAUGCCACCAGUAGAACUUGCCAAGGAACUUGAGUUCCCAGAUGCCCCAGCCACUGAUUACAACAAGAAAGAAGGCCCAAGCUUCGCUGAUGAAGUUAAUGCCCGAACUAUUUCUCCCGAAAAGAUGGACACCAUUAGGGCGCACAUCGAGGCUCUAACUGCCAAGGCAAAGGCUGGAGAAAUUUCCAUUGGUGAUGCCAUCAACCUUGCCGUCCACGAAGAGAUGCUUCGCGAUCCUACCACCACUAUCCAUGCCGAGGAUCUUCAAGCUGGAUCUUCCUACGACAUCCCCAAGUUGACUCAACAAACAUACGGCAAGGGUCGUGCCGCUGAUGAAAUCAUCGAUGAAGGUCAUUUCAUCGGUAAGGCUCUUGGAGAAGCCCUCAAUGGAUACAGACCCAUUGUUGAGUUGAUGAACACCAACUUUGGAAUCUACGGUAUGGCCGAGAUCAGUUCUGCAGGAAACACUUUCGCCACUACUGGAGGUAAAUUUGAUAUGCCAAUGACCAUCAUUGGUGCCGGAGGAACAGCUCCCAACCAAGCUCUUGGUGCCGAGCACAGCCAACCUUUCCACGCAUACGUGAUGGGAAUUCCAGGAUUGAAGAUUGGAACUGCUGCAUCCCCAGAAGCUGCUUAUGGACUUACCAAGAGUAUGAUCAGAGACAAUGGCCCAUGCUUUUUGUUUGCACCCGUCAAGAUGAUGAAAGAAGCCAAGGGCCCUGUUGAUCUUGGCAAGUGCAUGCCCUUGAACAAGGCUGCUGUUCUUCAUGAAGCUGACCAAAGCUGCGUCGACAACGGAAAUGCUGUGACUGUCUUGACCUACCUGCACGGUGUCAAGGAAGCUCAAAUGGCCAUUAAAGAAAUCCAAGAAGAAGGCUUUGACAUUGACCUCAUCGAGCUCCGCUCAUUGAAGCCACUUGAUAUGGAGACAAUCAAGACAAGUCUGUCCCGAACCAACAAGCUUGCCAUUCUUGAUGAAUCUACGAAGAGCGGUGGUGUUGGUGCAACAAUCAGUGCUCUCGUAUCAGAGGAGUUGUUCGAUCUCCUCGAUGCUCCAGUGAAGCGUCUCUGUAUGGACGAUGCCCCAGUUCCAUAUGCUUCCAGCAUGGAAUUGGCUGUUGUCAAGCGCGGCAGUGACUUGGUCCAAGGGGUCUUUGACCUAUGCACCAAGAAGUGGUAA